AUGUCUUUCAACGAUUGUUCUAAAGCCUUGGAGUACUUGAACUCCUACGAGGAGAGAGAUGGGUUGUCUGCCGAUCAACUAAUGGACUCCAAGACCAGAGGUGGUUUGACUUACAAUGACUUUUUGAUUUUGCCUGGUAAAAUCGACUUCCCAUCCUCAGUGGUCAGCUUGCAAACCAAAAUCAGCAAGAAGAUCACUUUGAACACACCAUUCGUUUCAUCUCCUAUGGACACCGUCACAGAGUCCGAAAUGGCCAUCAAAAUGGCUUUGCUAGGUGGUAUCGGUAUUAUCCACCACAAUUGCUCUGGCGAGCAACAGGCUGCCAUGGUCAAAAAGGUGAAGAAGUACGAAAACGGAUUCAUCAAUUCGCCAGUCGUUGUGAGCCCUGAUGCUUCUGUAGGUGACAUCAAGGCCAUGCGCCAAAGAUUAGGAUUUUGUGGGUUCCCCGUUACUGAGGGCGGUACAUCGUUAAGCAAGUUGGUGGGUAUCGUCACUUCUCGUGAUAUCCAAUUCAUUGAGGACAACUCCUUGCUCAUCUCCGAAGUCAUGACCAAGGAACUAGUUAGCGCCAAGGUCGGUGUUACUUUGGCGGAAGGUAAUGAGAUCUUGAAAGCUACCAAGAAGGGUAAAUUGCCAAUCGUUGAUAAGGACGGUAAUUUGGUUUCAUUGUUGUCCAGAACCGAUUUGAUGAAGAAUCAAUCUUACCCAUUGGCCUCCAAAUCAGCCACUACCAAGCAGCUAUUAUGCGGUGCUGCCAUUGGUACUAUCCCAGCUGACAAGCAAAGACUACAACUUUUGGUUGGUGCCGGUUUGGAUGUCGUAGUCGUUGACUCUUCUCAAGGUAACUCGGUUUUCCAAAUUGAAAUGAUCAAAUGGAUCAAGGAAUCUUUCCCAGAAUUGCAAAUCAUCGCCGGUAACGUCGUAACCAGAGAACAAGCUGCCUCUCUAAUUCAAGCCGGUGCAGAUGGUUUAAGAAUUGGUAUGGGAUCUGGUUCUAUCUGUAUCACUCAAGAAGUCAUGGCUUGUGGUAGACCCCAAGGUACCGCUGUUUACAAUGUGACUCAAUUUGCCAACAAGUUUGGUGUUCCAUGUAUGGCCGACGGUGGUAUCGGUAACAUUGGUCACAUUGCCAAAGCUCUUGCGUUGGGUGCCUCAUGUAUCAUGAUGGGUGGUAUGCUUGCUGGUACUACUGAAUCCCCAGGUGAGUAUUUUUUCCAAGAUGGUAAGCGUUUGAAGACUUACCGCGGUAUGGGCUCGAUUGAUGCUAUGCAACAGACUGACAAAAAGGGAAACGCAGCCACUUCUCGUUACUUCUCCGAGUCAGACAAAGUUCUGGUUGCACAGGGUGUUUCUGGUGCUGUCGUUGACAAAGGUUCUAUCGAAAAAUUUGUUCCUUACCUAUACAAUGGUCUACAGCACUCUUGUCAAGAUAUUGGUGUCAAGUCUCUUGAACACUUGAGACAACAAGUUGACAACUCCACCGUGAGAUUUGAAUUCAGAACCGCUUCCGCUCAACUAGAAGGUGGCAUUAACAAUUUACACUCAUACGAAAAGCGCUUGCACGAUUAA